UCGAUUGAAAAUUUAUUUUCGCGAAGAGGAUUAUUUCACUUGAUUGUAAAAUAUGUUUGAUAUUUACAUACAACGUACGAAAAAUAAACAUCUAUAUAGAAAACAAAAAAAAAAUGAUAAAUCAAUACUUAACGGGUUAACGACGCCCGAAUGAUUGCGCUCGAGCGAGUGGGUGGGCCUGAUGCCCCGAUGCUCGCGGUCCCAGAACCGAAUCGACGGUUGUGGAGGGGCAGGGGCUUCGAAUGGCGCGGGUAAAGAGAGGGUGGGGGCUGUCGACGCAAGAGUCGGGCCCCGGAGGGCCCCUCGCAUCGGGUCUACGGGCCCGGUACAGUGGAGGGGGAGAGAGGGGUUCGAGGGGGCAAAGGCACAUUCCAAGGCGGAACGGCUGCCAGUGAAGGUGGAAGGCACCGACUCGGUCUCUCACGAUAUCGCGCUCCGUUCCUAUCCUCCGGUUGCUUUCUUUCUUCGAGCGCUGCUCCGUUGCUGCUCGUUCCCCGUGGGAGAAUUGUGCCGCGACCGUUCGCGAUGCGAUACGCGACUCUCGUAUUCGGAUUAACGAGAAUCCGUGGUCUACGGUGACGGCUAGACCGGCGUGCGUGCAACGAGGGCGGUGCGCGAGUGCGCGAGUGCGUGCGGUCGUCUUUUUUGGCGCCACGCGUAGCAACCCGGCGAUUCGAAAAUGCUCACGCCUACCGACUCGACGCGGUAUUCCAGUGGGAAGACCAAGGAACAGCGUGCUCGCUGCGAAAAUAGACCCCUGCCUCGUGUACAGAUCCGUGCCUCGAUCGUCGGGCAUGCGGAAGGAGCGUCGCCGGGAGACAGUGAUUGAGAGGAUCCGGGAGAGCGGACCAGGGAACACUCCGAAUCUUCGAUCCCGCAGGCACAAAGAUGUCCCAGCCGCAAUUAACCACGGACCUGGACGUUCCGGAAAGUCCGCAACACCCUUGCCAAUGCUCCGCGAUGAGUAGCAUGGAUUCCAUGAGAACGCAGAGGAGCGCGGAGCGUGGCGUGGGAAGUACAAGAAUUUCCAACAGUCAAGAACUCCCCAGAGGUCUGGAGGCGCUUCAGAACGCUUUCGAGCCAAUUCGAAGACUCGAAAGCCCGCUGUCUCAUCAAGAGAGCCAACAGAUCAAUUUGGAGAGUACUCGGAGCGUCGAUAUCUUGGAACAUCAAGUCGGCCUAUCGAACCCGAGGCCCAUGGAGAGUCAAAGCGCGAUUUUGUCGAGACACGGUCACAAUCUUUCGUGCAGCCCGAGGAACUUGGAUCUCUCUCGAAACUUGGCGUUCGAGGCCGCUCGGAGAGUUCAGGAAUCCGGCAGCAGCAUGCAGGAUAACCAGCACAGCCUAACUUCCAGCCCUAGCCCUUUGUUGGAGGCCAGCAGUUCAGCCUUACUGGAAGCAUCCGCGAAAGACCUGGACAAGCAACUAGAAGAUCACGGCGGGUUAUCGCAGAAGCAGCCAGCUUCCGGUAAAGAUAAACUGAAGAAUAUUCAGCAAGUGCUGAACCCUUAUCAGCACCAUCACGAACCGACGUCACCGGAACGCAACGUCCACGGGCAUUUCCACGGCGACGCCCACACUCACGUUCACAAACACGCCGAGAAUUUCCGGGGCGGCGCGAAUUUGGACGUGGGAGACGGUCUGAUGGGAUUUCAGCAGCACCAGCGACAGCACACGCAUCAUCACCACGGAAACGCGAAGGCCGCGAACGUGACCCAUCAUCACGGACCGCCGACCGUGCAUCAUCCCCACGGGCCGCAAGGAAUGACGGGACAUCAUCACGGAAACCUGGCGCCCAGCCUCGCUGGCCACGUUCAUGGAAACCCUGGCCCUUUGAACGGCACCGGUUCGACGUCGAUGAGUCACGGAGGCCAAGCUACCGCUGGUAACCCGAGCACUCACCACCAUCCAAACACCAUCUCUGCGUCCGCCACCAUGGGACACAGAUCCUCGCCAUCGAGUCAUCGCCACCUCAGCGCUGGCACCGGACUUGGCAGCCAUUACCCUCAGAAUUCAGGCUUCUCCAGCGAUCACCAUGGCACCUCCAGCGCGAUGAGCGGAGCAUCGUCGAAUUCGAGUAUGUUGAAUCACGGUGGAUCGCCCGCUGUUCAUCGACACGUUGCGAACGGCAACAGUAGUUUGUCGACGACGCCGUUGGCUGGCCACCAUCACGGCAGUUCGUCGGGUAGCUUGACCGGGCACUCCAGCGUCAACCAUCAUCACGUCAGCUCCGGGAUAUCCUGCGAGUCCUCCUCGUCGAACGCGAAUACGAGAACUCAUAGUCGUUUGGAUCACGUUCACGAUCAUCAUCAUCAUUUACAGCAAGUGCACUCGUUGCACGGCCCCCAUUCUGAUUCUCGGCAAAGGGACAGAGCUCCCUCGAGCUUGGAGCAUCAUGGUCAUCAUCACGGGCACAUUCACGGCCACGGGCAUCAGCACACGCAGAACUCCGAUACCAAAAACUCCUCUCUUAUCGGGGUGGACUCCAUUCAGGUGUCGACACCUUCAAAGAGCAAAUGUCAAUGCCACGUGAUGCAAACUGGAGGGAAUAAGAGAGGGCAAGAGGGUGAAAGCGAUGGCGGCGUUGAAGUGACAUCGAGAACCCAUCAACCCCCCGCGCUUCCACCACGACCGCCCCCUAGGCCAACCAGGCGUUACGAAACAACAUCUGCAAAUCAAUGCCACACCGGCGAAGGUGGUUGCUGCAAGAAGUACGUUGUCCUUUGUUGCCUCUGCGGUGGGCUGAGCGCUGCGGUCGGUAGUCUCUUUUUGGCGGUGCACGCGGUCCUUUCAGCCCACACGGCCAGCCUAGCGCUCUUUGAGACUGUACCAUCUUACAUUCCUGGCAUAAUGUUAAUUUUAAUGGGGCUGUUCACGAUGCUACUCGCGAGGCGGAAGCACAGAUACGGUCUUCUGAUGAAGGUCUGCGGUUCCGUUGGCGUGGUGUGCGCCCUGGUGUGCGUGCUGGUCACCGUCACGACGACGGUGAUACACAUGUCCCGGCUCCAGGGCCUUCGAAAAUGCGUUUACACCGUGAAAGCCAGGUCGUGCACGUGUUACGGAGCACCAGAAGGAGAUCCAGGUGUCCUCUUCGAGGGCACUCCUCACUGCGAGGCGGUCCACGGUGCCCUGCACGCCUGCCUGAGAGCGUUGUUCGGCGUCUCGGUCGCGGGAAUCUUGGCCUGCAUAUUCUCGUGUAUGCUGGUGUACCAGUUGUUGAGUCACGAGAAGAAGAAGAUGUACUGGGAGCAGUUGGAGCUCAGAUGCAGAUCUCUGUACGGCCAGGGAGGCACAGUGGGACCGCCGACUGGUUCCUGCGGGUGUUGCAACGACUGCGGCGGUGCCAGCCCUUGGUGGGCACAGACGCCGGGAAAUUUGUACACGCCGAAUCCUGACUUGGCGCCGUCGAGAAGAUGGCGUUUGCCAUGGUCCAGAUCCAGAGGACCAGCUCCAAGUCCCGAUUCGAAUUACGGCUUCCACACCCAAGCCAGACAGACGGAAGCCAACGCGGAGAACACCAACGGCCCUUACAGCGUCCUGAAUUCUCAAUCCAGCGGUCCUUACUCGGUGUUGAACGCGCAGACGGGCCCGUACACGCCAAGCACGGCCUCUUACAGCGUUCUGGAGGCUCCUGUGCCCAUGUGGGGCCCUCCGCCGCCCUACAGCGAUCCUAACAGUCCGGCAAGGAGGCCCCAAGUAGUCGAACAGAGGCCCAGAAUCGCUAAACGAAUAGAGAAUUUCGAGAACAAUGAAGAUCACAGAUCGAGGUCCGCGAAACGCCCCUCGGAUAAUUACGAGAACGCCGAGGAAAUAUCGAACAGCACCGAUCCGGAGGGUGGAAACGAGGGCACCAUGAAAGGUAGAAGGAUCAGGAAGCCCUUGAAGGGAGUGGAAAAUGGUGCGUUCCAGCAGGAGGCGAAUCCUGGACCGAAACAAUCGGAAAGCGAACUCUAUUUUGGCGACGUGUCUUCGUGUUGCGGGCCCGAGAGCAGUUUUUACGAUUUGGCUGUGGAGAAAGAAGGUGCUGAACAUUCGGAGGGCGUGGACUACCUAGCAGCCCGUUUAGGUAAAAGACAAUUAUCGAAGCGAUCGAGGCUACCUCUGCCGCUGCCAUCGGAGAGCGGCGACAUACCGUCCGACAAUUACGCCAACAGCGACGAACCGAGAAACGCAAGAGGACCUUUCUUGGCUCCGGACGCCCAGUACGAAGUGAUCCAGCAGGGUCGAUACUCGUACUAUCCGGCAAAGGACGACGAACAGCUCCAAGAAGGUCCAGCCACCUCUGGUUACUUCAGAGAGGAGGAGACUGAUAGAGGAAGAGAAAGAGACUACAGGGAUUACAGGAGCAGUCAGGAGGAAGAGACGCCCCAGUGUUGUCUGAGCGACUCGACGACACUGGAUUCUGGCUGGCAAAGCGGUGAACAACAACAAUCGGACGACAAUGUCCGACCUGUGAACGUGUAAUUGCAUCGAGUUGCAUUGCAUCGAGUUUCAUUGAGAACCGUAAAGGGAAACGAUGUCGCGAAAUAAUUUUUAUAGAGGCAGUUCCGAACCUAGACUUGCACAGUACAACUUGUCCUUUGAUUUACGAGGCCAGGAUCACCGGAGAAACCGUGUCCGACUUAUCGUUAGUAUUUCAUUGUAACCUCUCGGAAGUCUUGUCUCGAGUCCAGCACAACCCAAUACGAACUAUCGCGAUUCAGAUAGAGAAAGUGUCCACGUAGAAUACAAAGAGAUGGUGAUAAGUGCAAAUCUAAGAUUAGCGUAUUCGUAAAAUAGAGUUUCAAGCAAUGUGAUUUGUUGUGGUACAGUUUAAAUUAAGACACGUAAACCUUAACCGUUUAGAAUAUAAGCAAACAAACUAGUGGUGAUGUUUGCUAGUUUUAUCAAGAAUCAAUGAAUGGAACCAUUAGCCAGUAUAGACAUCAUUUAACUUUGUUCGGUGUAAACACGUCGACCUUACAAUUAGCGUUUGGAUCGUCUUAGGUCACGAUUCGUGAACAUCGAUUAAUUGAGUUCUCUAGAAGGAGUUUUAGGAUUUUAUUUUUUAAUAAGACACAAAUGGUACGGAAUAUAUCGGAUAUUCGAUUUGUAGUUUAACACGUUCACUGUCAGACAAAUAUUCUUCAAAAUUUCUGCUAGGUUUCAAUUUCAUUCAGACUAUUGGAAACUACAUAAUCGAACAUUUAUCGUGGUAUUUAUUUUUGUGACUACAUUAACAUUCGUGAAUUUUAUUCAAGUUCAUGUCCUUUGAUGCUUAACCUUUUCGGCGCUCUGCGCGAGUAUACUCGUCAAAUUAUUUUGUUCUUGUCGGGCUCAAGACGAGUUAAAUCGCACGAGCUUAUUGUUAAUGAGUUAAUGAGUUAACUCGCCUUGAGCUCUUUCCUAUUUAAAAAGCUCGUGCGAUUUAACUCUUCUUGAGCACGACAAGAACAAAAUAAUUUGACGAGUAUACUCGCGCAGAGCACCGAGAAGGUUAAGUUUUAGAAUUAAUUUCUUUAGUUCUUCAGUGAAAAGCACUGUCACCCAUAUAUGGUCGACCUGGCGAUCAACGUGUUAAAUAAAAGAUUAGAAUUGAACGUGAUGAAAGAUGAUAUUGUUUAAAUGACAACAUUUUCAUCUAAGAAAUUAGGUUGUCUAUUUACAUAAAAACUGCCACACAAAGUAACUGAGUUCAACUCAAGAAAGAAACUUUUGCGACAACCUAAUAUAUCGAACUGUAUUAUUUACUGUAAAAUUACUCGCAAAGUCAGAUUAUUCAAUGUUCACAAAUUGUUACGAAAAAUAAUCCAGUAUAAUGCAGUGCCAGCAUUGAAACGUUGACGCUUGACAAAGUUAAGAUGACUAUUGUGCUAUUCAUUUCAUUUAGUUGGUAAGCAAACAAAGAUCGAUCGUAGUUACCUCGCGAUCGACGCAUUAUUAGAAGUCUGAAAAGGAUUAUGAGAGGCAGACUCUGCGACAGAAUGCUCGCGAGAAAUCCUAUCAUAACCACGUAUUUUUGUUAAUUAAGCGAUGUCGCCCGUGUUGUUCGUAAUAUUAAUCGUUAAUGUAUGCCGAAGAGAAAUACGCAGGGGAAAGGAGAAACGAUUAGUUUCAUAGGUGAAGCGCCGAAAGAAAGCUCUCUGGAAACGAUAGGAAUGCUAUUUAAGAGAAUACACCAUAUUGACAGACCCGAAACGAACGGGAUUUUCACGAAAUUGUAUUAAGAAAUGUAUACGCUCGAUUGAAAUGACGUUAUUAUUGCAAAUAAAUCAGUUUCAAAACUUUGAAUAAUUUUUCAGAUAUCUACAUUUGUUUAUAUUUGGUACAAUUAAUUUACCGCACUAAGUAAUUUCUGUAUACAGAUACAUAGCAAAUAUUGUACAGUGACCUCUUCUAGAUUACAUUUAAAGACUGAAAGUCACGUUUCAAAGAAAAGCGUUCUCGAUAUUUCUGAAUCGUCAAAAUGGCGUAAUCUUGUAAAAUGAUCCUCGGACCGGAGUUUUUUCUUCGGCGACUCGUUAGAAACGUCCAUGUACAAAAGUGUGCUUUACUCUUGCCAAUAUCUAGCUAGGUGUCAGCUCGAUUUCGCACUUAGACGCUAAUCGUUGCAAAGAAACGUUUACCAUUGAGUGUUGCGUUCCAUAUUCGCGUAUCGAGAGGUUUCGUUAAGUUUACUAAAUGCUCGGUCACUGCCACGCGACAUUUAUUCUCCGCCUCGCAUGAUCGAACGACAGGCGCGCCCGUUACUUAUUGCUGUUCGGACAAUUAACGAAAUACAUACGCGUCAGUGGCGCAACUGGAACUUCCAAAUAGGAGGAGGCAAUAUUCUUCUACAUCUAUAUUUAUAAAUAAAAGUAAUUAAUUUUCUGUAGCGUCGCGUUCCAUUUUCUUUUGUUUUUCGCUAUCGUAUUCAAAACUUUGUUAGUAUCGAUAUCGGUGUCGUUGAUAUCUUAUUUUACUAUAAUUAUACAUAAUACUUAUUAUGGUAACGAGCAUGUGUUCCCUUCUCUGUGAAUUUUCGGUUUAUUAUUAUCAUUAUUAACCCCUUAAGUUACGAUUUACUCUCGAACAGCCUGGGACCAAAAUGUGAUGUUUACAUUUACCCCGAACAAUAGGGCCAGGCUCGUGAUAAUCACUUUUGGCCUGAAUAUCGGACCACGAGUCUGACACGUGGUCGUAACUUAAGGGGUUAAAUACAAAAUUUAUUCUGUUUUAUUCCAUAGAGGUUCAGCUUCUUGCCUCCUCCCAUUGUUCUACUGUUUUGCGCGGCUGAAAUUCGCCGCGAUUUCUAACUUCCACGAAUUCACGUGUACUCUAUACAAGGUGUCCCGAAAAUGUUGGAGGUCCUUGAAAGGGUUCGUGGUGUGAUUUGAAAUAAUUUUUUCCUUAGCGAAAAUGUUGUAUGAUGCUUCGUUAAGGAGAUAUCAACAGAAAACCCCCGACGAAUCAGAGCGCCGUAGUCUACGCUACUGCGGGCGCUCCCAAUGGCGUACUCGCGCUCUGGUUGGUCGGGGUUCUUCUGUUAAUAUCUCCUUAACGAAACAUCAUACAACAUUUUCGCCAAGGAAAAAAUUGUUUCAAAUCACCUCCCCUUUCAAGAAUCCCCAACAUUUUUGGAACACCCUGUAUUUCCGAAUAUUAUAUUUCUCUUUCAACGAAACCGCGUCUUCAUUGCGCACCGCGAUUUCCUAACAAGUAGUUAAGCUGUCGUUUAUUCGUGCUUGUCGAGGAAUUCCUUGAAUCGUGUUCGUGGUCUGUGUUUGCUUCGAGCUUUUUGCGUUGUAGGGCCGCAUUUCGCUUUCGAACAUAAAACCCAUGGUGGACCAAGGAACGAUAUUAGGAUUAGAUCGGUUCUAAUCGAUCAGCGCGACGUGUUAAAAUAUCGUCGACCGUCUAUUGCCCAGGGAUGGACAGAAUAUUAUUUGAAUAACAUACGUGACGAAAUAAAACGCUACAGUUAUCGCGAUUUAUUCCCGACGUUUAUCGAACGGUUAUUUAAAUGUACAAAAAUUUGUCGCGUACGCUUGUAUUUGUAUCGUAACCUUUUUUUUUUUUUUAUUAAACAUAUUGUGAAAUUUUCACUUCCAUCGCGAUUAAAAUAAAAUCUUCCGGACUUUUUAAAAACUUUAAAGUAUCGUAACUCGAAACUACUUGUUUCGAGAUAUUCCGUUAUUGCUUUUCGACGAAUAUAUGAUUGUAUACUUACUCUUACUUAUUUUUUCAGAGGAUCCAACCAGAGGCGUAGCGAGGAAAUUUGGCGCUCGGGGGUAGUUUAAUGAAUUCGAGAACCCUAUCAAUUUUGGAGGGUGGGAAGCUCCCCUAUAAUACAGAUAAUUUCAUUUUCGCUUCGACGAAUUGGUUGUUCUCUCUUCAACUCAUUCGUUUGUAAUUAUUCGCAUAAACGUGAUAGUGAUUUUCUGCUUUAUGUUUUUGAGUAUACAAUUAUCCAUUAUUCUUCAUGAUGAAAAAGUUUUAAGGCUUUUGUGGGACAUAUAACUUGAUUUUUUUAAUAGUUUUUCAUUCAGAAAUAUAGCACUAUCCUUAUACAAUUUGACUUUGUUGAGAUUUCAAAACCACUGUGCGCCAUUUGGCGCCCCUCUCUACGUCUCCGGAUCCAAUGUAUAAAGUUGAAAAUGUUGCGAAUGCUUGUGUAAACUAAUCUCCAAGUACAAAUCUUCGAAUAAACAAACACGAGAUUAUAUAUUCGGAUGAACUUCCAGCCGCUAAACACGAAACAUAAUUUGAUUGUACAAUUCAAGAUCAUAUAUUUUACUGGCCAAAUAACGCACCAAAAGUUGUUCGUUACUCGAUAUUUUUAUCUAGACAAGAGUUUUGCCCAUCUCUGCUAUCGCCGUAGUCAGCCGUUUGUUACGUGACAUAUAUAUACACACCCCACACAAAGCAGAUACAUAUUUUCUAACCGGGAUUCAAGAGUGGAAGAGGCAAGGCCAGCUUAGGGGAGUAGUUUAACGUUCUUUACUCGAUAAAGUGUACCUUAAGAGCGAUCUACGUAGCAAGUCGACCGAUGUAACUGACAAUUAAUAAGAAUAAAGCUUCGUUUUGUAAAGAAA